AGUGUGUGUAAAUAUAACUUAAAAAAAAAUAGUAUAUAUUAUGUAAAUUAGUUUGAACAAAUUUAAAUUCCGAACUUGGAGCCCCUUUUGCACGCCAAGUUCUCUGCCAUCGUCCAUGGCGUCUUCCUCAACUGAGCCUUCUCCUUCUCCGCCGAAAGAAGUACGGAACUGGCUAGAAUUGCCCCGCGACGUGACAGCGUCGAUUCUUUCUCGUCUGGGUGCGAUCGAAAUCCUGAAGAGUGGUCAGAUGGUUUGCAAGUUGUGGCUUGAUAUUUGUAAGGACCCUCUCAUGUGGCGAACCAUUGAUAUACGGAAAAAUGGCGAUCCUGAUGAUUUCCUUGGUUUUAGGUCGGACGUGCAAAAGAUCUACCGCUACAUUAUCGACCGGAGUUGUGGCCAAAUAGUUGAUAUCAGCAUCGAGGACUUUCGAUUCGACCAACAGCUUCUGUACAUCACUGCUAGUUCAAGACAGAUCAAACGCCUUCGAUUGGCUUCAUGUUCAUUUGUUUCCGAUAAUGAAUUGGUUGAAGCUAUUGAAAAGCUUCCAUUGUUGGAGGAGCUUGAUCUAACACAGACAUACUUCAAAUCCCUUGAAAGUUGUAUGGAAGCAUUGGGGCGAUGUUGCCCUCUUUUCAAAACAUUGAAACUGAACUCUUUUGUUCAUAAAGUAUACGUUAAUCCUUCUUAUGGGAAGGAUUAUAGUAAACAUGCCAUUGCCAUUGGUAAAUACUUGCCAGGAUUACACCACCUAGAGCUUAUUGGAAGCUGGAUGACUAACAUUGGCUUAGAAGCCAUUCUUGAUGGUUGUCCUAAACUCGAGUCACUUGACCUGCGCGGAUGUUUCAAUAUUAGAUUAAAAGAAUAUUUGGGGAGAAGGUGUGCUGAGCAGAUUAAACAUGUAAAGCUUCCUUAUGAUUCACUCAAGGGCACUGAAUUUAUUUCUGAUAUUGGUGAGACGUUUUCAGAGGAAGAUUAUAAUCUUAACUGUUCUCAUCAUUUUUUCUCUAUGGGUAAUAAUUCUGCUGAAGUUGAAGAUGAGAAUGGUGAUGAUGACUCUGAUUAUGAUUUUGGAUACUCAAGUGAGGAUGAUUUCUUAGACAAUGAUGACUCUAUGUCCAUCAACUAUGAUUAUGAUGAUUUCUUAGACUAUGACGAUUUUACAGCCUAUGAUGAUGAUGAUGAAGAUGACGAAGAUGACGAUGAUGAUACUGAUGAUGAUGACGAUGAUGAUACUGAUGAUUAUGACGAUGAUGAUUAGAACAAAGGGCUGUUGUGUAUAGGGGAAGAAGAAUCCAUGUUUAGCUCUUCAUUCUAGCUAGUAUAUCUAUUUAUUUGUAAUCCAUGCUUUCGAAUGUGGAGUUUGGAAUCUACUAUAGUAAUUGGGAAAAACAAUGUUAAGGCUUGAGGGAGUCGUUUUACUUUUUGUUUUAUCAACUUAAGAUCUACAAAACUACUCCUUUUUCUCAUACGAAAUGAAGAUUGGAAUUAUCAA